GGGCUCUGACAAUAAAAUUCAACAAUACCGCGACCGUCGCGGUCGUGCGUGGUGAGUGCGGUGUGUAUUGAACGUGACUUUGUAUUUUAAUUGAUCAAUACAUUGACGCACAUGGGAAGUGCGCGCGCAUCAAACCACAAAAUACUCAUUUACAAAAGACUGUACAAUUUGGAUUGACACUAAAAGAGUAAAGAGAAAAUAAAAUAAAUAUAAAAAAACGUGUAAAUAAGUAUAUAAAUAGAACUGGAAAGGAAGCGAAACGAAACGAUGGUGAAAGAUGUACUCAGGAAACGUUCGAAAUGUAACAAAUAGACCUUAAAUUAAUUGACAUUUAAGUUUAGUAGUUUCUUCAAAAAGUUUCUUUUUAACCUAGUCCAAAACAACGGUUAUUUUCCUAUUUAUUUAGAAGAUGACCACUCAAACUAUACCUAGUCUACUAGUCACCGCUAAUGUGGGUUCGAUAUUCGAAGAUCCUUCGCAAAUGCUUAGGAUUUGGACGGAUACUUUCCUAUCUACUGUCUCUUCAUUAAAUCCAAAAUUUAUUGCAUUACAUUGCCAGGAAGUUGGUGGCAAGAACUAUGAAAAUAGUAUGAAACAUGUCGAAGAGUUUGUUAGCCUUUUAAUGUCCAGCAGUGAACUUAGACUCUUUGAUAAGGUUAGAGUUUAUCUUGAUGAAGACUAUAGUUCUGCAGAAAAUUUCACUGCUUUGGGAAAUUUUUAUUUUAUCCACGAAUCAAUAGAAGAUGUUCAAAUUUAUAAUUUUAAAGAUUUCGAAUUUGUACCAGCGACGGGAAAAGAAAUUCAUUCGGGAAAUAUCGAGGCAGUCGUUACUAAAGAGAAAGCAAAGUUUCCUCAGGAAUUAUUUCCGGAAUGUAAAUGGUCACGGAAAGGUUUUAUGCGAACGCGAUGGUCAAUUCAAGGUACAAUCUUCGAUUUGGUUAACAUCCAUCUCUUUCACGACGCUUCAAAUUUCGUCGCUAUGGAAUCGUUUCCAUCUGUUUAUUGUAAAAAUCGACGGCGAGCUUUAGAACAUACAUUGCAAAGGUUUCAUUCUGACGCUUAUGGACGAGUUCCAUAUUUUUUGUUUGGAGAUUUUAAUUUUAGGACUGACACAGAUAGUGUUAUAAAAAAAUUGACUGAAGGACUGAACGCUACUCGAAUACAAAAUAAUAAAAAUAAUGAAUUUACAAAAUUACAAUACACCAAUGACGAGAGCCAAUUGGUUUUGACUGUUGGUAAGAAGGAGUUUAAUCAUUCUGAUCAUCAAACUGUAUUUUUAUAUCCUUCCGAAACUUGGUUAAAGAGUUUCGAUAAAGAACUAGAAGCUUUUGAAGAAUCCCUAACUGAAUUCCCAGUGACCUUUCCGCCGUCCUAUCCGUUCGAAGAAACCAUAUCAGAAGCGACCAAAUAUAUGCAAACGAGAUGCCCCGCUUGGUGCGAUCGUGUUCUUUUAAGUACAACUGCUCGCCAGUUAGUAAACGUUGAAAACGGAGUCGAAUACAAUUUGAUGGGCAAGGAUAUUUGCAUGGGAGACCAUAAGCCAGUUUAUUUACAAACAUCACUUCAAACAAAUGCAGGCCUCAACAUCGGGGAGACGAAUAAAAUAAACGUCGGGGAAUCUAAGUUGUUAAAAGUUCAAAAUAUAAUCUCUGACUCGUCUACGGUGACACGGUACAUUUAUAUUAAAAAUAUAGAUAACCCUGUCAAAGUGUUUAGAGAGACGACAGUGUGAAAAUUGCGCUUAAAAUCGUAUCCGAAAUCGUCGUCAAUGCACGUAUUUUUUUGUCCGUUUCGUGGUCAAAAAAAGUAUCGAUUUUUGAAGAAAAUCAAGAGGGAACGUAACGCCUACACGUUGUUAUACAAAAGUGCCACUGCGAUUUAUUAUUGUAGUAGGAACAAAAAGAAUCUUAUAAUUUUAGAUAAAUCUUAAUUAAGUUUAUAGGGUGAUUUAAAAAGAAAAAAUAUUUUUUAAUAAUCUUU